AUGAGCUACGACAACACGUCCCAGAGUUCUUCCACCGCCGUCCUGUCGCCGAUCGCCUGGGAGGGUGGCCGGCUGAAGCUCCUAGAGCAGACCUUGCUGCCCCGGGAAGAGAUUUGGAUCGAAUGCCCCGAGCCUGAAGACGUGGCCGAUGCGAUUCGCCGCCUGGCGGUUCGCGGCGCGCCGGCAAUCGGAGUUUCGGCGGCUUACGGCCUGGUGGUCGGGCUCGACAAAGUCACUAGCGAGGCCGACCUACAACCUCGCUUCGACCAGGUCUACGAGCUGCUGAUGAGCACUCGGCCAACGGCGGUCAACCUGCGUUGGGCGUUGGAGCGCGGUCGGGUGGUUUUCGACGCUCACCGGGCCGACGGGGUCGAGGCUACCCGCCGGGCGUUGCUCGAUUGGGCCAAAGAGGUCCAUCGCGGCGACAUCGAGACCUGCCAGCGCAUCGGCGAGCACGGUGCUACCAGGUUCGAGCCCGGCGACCGGGUGCUGACCCACUGCAACGCCGGUUCGCUGGCCACCGGUGGCUACGGCACCGCGGUCGGGGUCAUUACCUCGUCGUGGCGUGCCGGCCGGCUCGGCAAAGUGUGGGUCGACGAGACCCGGCCGCUGUUGCAAGGUGCUCGUCUGACGGCUUGGGAGCUCGACAAGCUGGAGAUUCCCUACCAUCUGGUGACCGACAACAGUGUCGGUGCGUUGAUGACCCGCGGCGAGGUCGACCGAGUAGUGGUCGGCGCCGACCGCAUCGCCGCCAACGGCGACGUGGCCAACAAGAUCGGCACCUACGUGGUGGCGGUGCUAGCGGCUCGCCACGGGGUGCCGUUCUACGUCGCCGCUCCGCUCUCGACCAUCGACCAGCGCACUCCCACCGGCAACGAGAUCCCGAUCGAGAUCCGCGCUGAAGAAGAGGUCACCAACGUCUUCGGCACCCGCGUCGCCCCGGCCGAAACGCCAGCCUUCAACUAUGCCUUCGACGUGACGCCCAACGAUCUGAUCGCCGGCAUCAUCACCGAAGUCGGGGUGCUCGAAGCGCCGUAUACCGAGUCGAUUGCUCGGGCGUUCGCGGACCAAGCACAAGAAAGUCAGCGUUCGUCUUGA